AUGGUCUCCUUCCUGCUGGACUGUUUUGCGCUGGAAGAGAGACACACCUCUGAGUAUCUGGCAAAGGAACUUCUGUGGGUUGCUUCAGAGUGGAACACAGAGGACAAAGUUGCUGCCUGUAUUACAGAUGGUGCUGCCAAUAUUAUAAAAGCCAUGGGGUCCAAGGAGGCAGGGGGAACCGAAUGGGCCGAUGCAAUUUGCUUCGCCCAUCAGCUGAACCUCAUUGUGCACAAUGGUAUUAAGAACAUCAAAACUACAGUGGACAAAGUCAAAGCCAUUGUGCAGUAUUUUCACAAAAGCACCCUAGCAGCAACAGAACUGAAGAGGCAACAAAAGAACUCGGAGUGUCCAGAACUGCGUCCCAAGCUGGAAUGUCCAACACGAUGGAAUUCUACUUUCACCAUGUUGAAAAGGAUGCUUGAGACAAGAGAACCAGUGAUCAUCAAGAUGGCCUUGCUGAAUAUCGACCUGCCUCGCCCAUCACCAGAGGAGUGGGAGGACAUGAAAACAGUCUGUGACCUCCUGCAGCCCCUUGAUGAAGUUUUAGGCUCCUGCUUGUCUGGCUUGACCUCGGUCGUUAACAUGGGAUCUGGAAGACUUUACUGUAGAUAG